AUGGAGGUCAAAACUCAAACGUCUAACUUGAUAUGGCGCAGAUUUAUGACCGUGGCCGCAGGAUGGUCUUCAUACCACCAUAGCCCCAGUGCGAGCCCGGCACCACAACAACGACGACUAGGUCACCUACGCUCUCAGUCAAACUCCACCUCUCCUACCGUGAGCUCGCUCCCCACCUCCGCGAAGCCGAGGUCCAACACCCAGACUUCCAACAUGGCCGCCGAUAUCUCGUCGCUGGCAAGGCCCGUGACUCCCCAGACACAACCCAAGAGAAUCUACGCCGGCAUACAAGAAAGCGACUUCGAUUUGUCUACAAUCCCCGAUCCCCGUAGCAGAGCAAUGACACCAUCCAACGCCGAUGACGCCUCGAACGCCCACCCCGAAUUGAACGACGAGGUCGCACACUUGAGCUCCAAGCUCAUCCACGCCAUCAACCACCAGACGACGCUCGACGACAACCUCUCGCAGACCCGGGCCGAGCUUGAGAGAGCACGGGAGCAGAUCCAGUCCAUGGAGCUCCAGCUUGCAAAACAAAGAGAAAUGUUGGUUGGCGAUAUUUGGAUACGGCGCAAGUCGGCAGAGGCAGAGAAGACUAACCUGCUGUCUAGAAUUGCUGACGAAAAGAGAUUGCGCGUGGAGGCCGAGAACGAGAAAAAGAGAAUCGAGCAAGAGUUGGAGAACCUGACGACUGAGCUGUUUGAGGAAGCCAACAAGAUGGUCAUCUCGGCCAAAGAGGACGCACGCAAGGAGCAGGAGAUUUUACAGCGCAAGAACAGCGCUCUCAAGGCCCAACUCGCCGACACCGAGGGUCUGCUGCAGUCCCAACAAGAGCAGCUGAUCGAGUUGAAGCACGUCAUGGAACAAAUGAGCGACCAGGAUAACGACACCGCAACGACGACACCGUCUUCCCCAGGUUACAGCAAAUUCGACUCGAGAGAGGACGACACGCCCACAUCAGAUCUUGGCUCGCAGUCCGGCCUCCCAGACCUCGUGUCUCCAUCCUACCCGACAAGUUUUACCCAUCUAUUGCAACCGGUCCUUCGCAGCGAUAUCGGCGCUUACGACGAUUUCGUAGGCCUUUGCAAAGCAUCGAGAACACCCGCGAGCCGACCACCAUCGGGUAACCAUACGACCCUUGGCCUCGGCCUUCUCGGACCAGCUUCCAGUGUGACCUCAAUAGGCAUCCCCUCCAGCGCGUCCACGGCCUCUCUGUCCUCAAUGGGAUCGCCGGCAGCUUCGUCCACACUGUCCAUACAGACGCCAAACACCCCAGGAUCAACUGUCAGCGGUAUGUCUACCACAUCCAUGGUCCCGAUUCCACCAUUGAAGGACUGCAAAUUCUACAAGCGGGUCCUCGCUGAAGAUAUCGAGCCGACGCUUCGUCUCGACAUCGCUCCUGGCUUGUCUUGGCUUGCACGUCGUUCGGUCAUCUCAGCCAUGUCGGAGGGCUCAUUGGUGGUUGAGCCCGUUCCAACCACUGGUACAUACGCCAUGCUCUCCAAGCCGCAGUUCUACCCAUGCUCGCUCUGCGGAGAGAACCGCAAGGAUGAGGAGUAUCUUCGAAGACACCGCUUCCGUACCAGCGAGACCAGCUCCUCGCAGCGCUACCCUCUGUGCCGAUACUGCCUCAGUCGUGUACGAGCUACCUGUGAUUUCCUCGGUUUCCUGAGGAUUGUCAAAGAUGGUCAUUGGCGUACCGACGAUGAGGACUCGGAGAAAGCUGCGUGGGAGGAGAGUGUGAGACUCCGAGAGAACAUGUUCUGGUCUCGCAUAGGAGGUGGUGUCCGCCCCAUCCUCCAGGGUUUCCACGGGCACUCCAACAGCAUGACUGAGAAAAGCCCUCGUCCGAGCCACGAAGAGUCUGCCCAUCCAGAACAAAAGCCUCUAGCUGUGAUCGAAGAGCCGAAGCCAUUGGAUGAGGCGAAAGAGUUAAGCCCCGAGGAGGACGAAAAUGCUGAAGACUUUGCGACUCCCCUUGAGACCACUCUCAAACCCACUCUAGAGGAUCCGUCGCACACUCCUGAGGACAACAGUGACACAUCAGACGACAAGUCAGUAAUCGUUCACGAAGUCACAUCUGAAGUCGAACUGCCUGUCGAAGAGGAGAAGAAACACGACGUGGAAGAGAUUCCUAAGCCGCCUCGAACCCCUGAACCGACGGAUAUGAACCGUUUAUCCUCGCAGUCGCUCACACCGACUUCCUCUUAA